AUAGAUGUUACAAAUAAAACAAGUGGCAAUAUAUUGUAUUUCAACUAUACAAAUAUAGAUAUAGAGACACCGAUUUCAUUAGUUUUAUAUGACACGGUUAGUUUUAAUGAUUUUGUUUUAAAAGAUUUAUGGCCAGCAUUUUGGAACUCAACUAUCAAAAUGUUUCAAGUAGAAUUUUUUGUAAAAGCAAACUACCAUAGUGGUAAAAUUCCAUAUUUUCUAUUUUUUGAUUGGGAAACUAAGCUGCCAAGCUCGAUUUUACCCGAGGAAGCCCAGUUUUCAAUUGUUUCCAAAAACGAAGAUUCCUAUGGUCCAAUUAUUACAUCCUUAAAACAAUUCCCAAUACUUUCAAGAAUAGAUAUAACUCAGGAUACAACUGUGGGUUGGACGUUUGAUAUCAUUGAUGACUAUAAUGGUUUCAAAAGUGGGUUUAUAACUGUAAGAGGCUCUAUUGAUGGCUCUUUGUAUAAUUUUACUAUUUCUCCAUCAGAUGCUAUAUAUGGUGAUAUAUUUAAUGGAAGCUACAAUAUAAACAUUACCAUUUUGUCAAGAUGUAUUUCUCAAGAUUACAUUAUAACCGAUGCCAAACUUUAUGACGAGCAAGGAUACAAUUCUACAUUCUCCCAUGCAAGUUUUACAACCAGUUUUAUUGACUCGCUUUCAAAUCCAUUCAUUUACUAUUAUGGUACAGAGGAAACUCUUUUCAAGAUAUCAACAUUUUGCUCAUCGAGUGAAGAUACCUCACCUCCGGAGCUUUAUUCAUUCGAAAUAAUAAAUGGUCCAAGCCAAACAAACCCUUUGGAUGUAGGUAGCAACUCAAGAGAUUUACAUCUAUCAAUUAAAGCAAAAGAUAAUGAAUCUGGUUUAAAGAAAGGUCAAACUCCAUCAAUUUAUUUUUCAGACUCUAAUGGCAGAGUUCACAAAUGCAAUUACAUUACUUCAAUUAAUGAAAUAUCUGAAUUUUCAAGUGAAUUUAUUUUUAAAUGUACAUUACCUAUUGGAUUUGGAUAUCCAUAUGGUUUAUUUUUACAAGUUUACUCUCUCAUAAAUAAUGGAGGUUACUUCUCUGGCUUCAAUACAAAUGACCUAUCAAACUUAAAUGUUUUAUUCCAAAUACCAUCAUCUUUAAUAACAAUGUCAACAAACUAUCCCAGUAUAUCUGAUUCAGGUAUAAUAACAGUAGAUGGAGGUAACUUAUGGAUAUAUGGUAGAGGGUUUUCCAAUAUUAACCAGAUUACAAUUGUAUUUGAUAAUUCAACAACUCUUUUUACCCCACUUACUAUUAACAAAAACUAUAACGGCGCCUUAUAUUUAUCGAACAUACCUUCUGAUUUAUCACCAUUUUAUUUAAAAUUUGAAUUCCAAACCAAUAAAGUUCAAAUUGAUCCAUUCAAAAUUAUUCCCUAUCCAAAGAUAGAAAUUGUUGAUAUUCCUGAUGAAUCCGAAGAACUACCAGUAAAUCCAGAGCAACAAUGCCAAGGUGCCCCAAGGUGUAACGGUCCUACAAAUGGCUAUUGUUCAACAACAGGUUGUAUUUGUUAUUCCCCUUGGAUUGGUAAUGACUGCUCAUCUAAAACAAUUAUUAUUCCACAACCAACCAUAAAUAAUACCUCACCAACAACUGUUGUUGAUAUACCAUCAAACAAUUCCAAAAAUGAUAUUAUUUAUAAAUCAAUUAUUUCAAUAGUCUCAAUAAGAGAAAUAGGUAUAGAUGGCACUCAAAUUUUUGAAAAGAAAUUAGAGAAAUGGGUGUAUAAAAACUUAACAGAUAACAUAUAUCAAUAUCAUACCAACAUCACUGGGAAAUUAAAUACCACCACAAACAUCGAGGUAACUUUAGAAUGGUUCGAGAAUGAAAGUAACAUUACAUUUGCCAAUCAAGUUAUAAAGAUGAACCCUUCAACUAUUAAAUAUAAGAUCAAAAUCGAAAACCACCCUUUCGAAUCAAAACUAAAUUCCUUAGAAUUAGUAAUGUCAGCAUCGAUAGAAUCUAAGAAAACCGACAACAUUUGCUCAUCAAAUCAAUUUGGCAAUACAACAGAAGGUGAUAAUGCAAACUACAUAAAGAUUCAAGUUGAAAAUCAUUCAUUAUAUGGUAAAUUUAUAAAAAGAGGUGUAUUCGAUGAUAGUAAUAUCAAAAGUAUAUCAAACCAAAUUAUAUUUAACGAAGGAUCUAAAAAUAAUGAAUAUUCAUCCAAUUCAUUAAUUGCUAUUAAAAUUAGUUAUUUCGAAUCCAAUGUAAUUAUCGAUCCAGAUUUUUCAGUUUUAAUUGAACCAUCACCAGCUUCCAAAAAUUCCCAAAAUUCAAUUUGUUCAAGUUCAUCUAAACUCAGUACUGCCAAAAUUGCAGGAAUAGUUGUUGGUUGUACCGUAUUUGUAGCUGUAAUUAUUGCAACUAUUGUUUAUCUAAUAAAAAGAAAAAAAAUAUUAUAUUUUGAAGCUAAAUUAAAGGAAUUAAAUAAAUAA